AUGUCCUCGCAAGCUCUUUUAAAGAUGCACAUUCCCAAGCCCACAGAGCCCAGAAUUCCUGACUAUUACUUCGACUUGGGUGUGAAUCGGUGUGCUACAGCAGCAGAUGUGAAGAAGGCUUUCCACACGCUAGCGCGACGACAUCACCCAGACAAGAAAGCGCCAGGCAAGACGAUAGACGCCGUCGAGUUCAGACAGGUACGAGAAGCGUUCGAAGUACUGAGAAAUUCUACGGCACGAAGCGAGUAUGAUACACGAUACCAUGAAGUACAAGAAGAGUGGAAUGAGUACCGCAGCAAUAUUGCUGAGUAUGUGCUCCAAGAAGAACGAGAACGUCUUGGGGAAAGCCAUAAACAAGCGCGUAUACUAGAGGAAGAACAAAGACUCGCAGAAAUGAGACAGCGUCAGGCAGAAGAAGCUCGUGCCAAAGUAGAGCGUACUGCUCAACAAGAGAAAGAACGACUCGCGGAAGAGCGAUCACGUCAAGCAGCAGAGCGAGCACAAAAAGGACGAGAAAAGCGUCGCAAACAGCUCCAAAAGAAGGCGGAGAAGAAGAAGAUGAUAGAGGAGAAGAAGAGGGUAGAGAAGAGGAAGAAGAGAGAGGAGAAGAAGGCGCAGAGGAAGGGGAAGAGC